AUGUCGCAUUCGUCGAAAGAUGUCAUUGCCCCACUACGCACUGUUACAGCUCCGCGCGGCCCUGAUUCUGGUAAUUCACGGAAGUGUAGCCAUAAUGAAUUGCGGUUUACACUCGCCAGUGUAAAUAGCAGAAUUGGACACCGGGACUGCUUGAUUUUUGACCAUUGUGUACAUCCUGGCUGUGCACGUCAUCAACACGGAAUUCUGUCUUCGACGGAGAAUGUUGGGAACACGACUUUGCAAGCUGAGUCAUUAGAGUGA